AUGUCGAAAGAGGAAGAUGAGAUAGACAGAGGGGUUCUGCAAAUAAUAUACUCGGACCUGGAGCUACUGGAGCUGUCAAUCAACGACCUGGCAAUCGCAUUGGGAGGGAAGCAGAGCCCAGCGGACAAGGAGUACUUCAAAAAGCUUAAGUCAGGAAGACUGGCAAACUGCUUUAACAGAGCAGUGAGGAAUGAGAGGAACUACAGGUUCUACAAACAGUUCAAGGGGCUGGACCUGCAAGUGGAUAGCUUCAUAAGAAUAGUGAAGCUGCACAUCGACAGAGGAGAAGCGUUGCUGGAUAAGUACGGGAGAAGCAGCCUGGCGACUAAGCUGUUUUGCCUCUGCUACGUGGACGUGGCGUUCGACCUGUACGACGGAGUGCUGAAGCAGCUCUCGACGUUUAGCCUGCACGACUGCGUGUACCUGUACAAGUUCUUCAUCAAGCUGGACAACGCACUGCUCUCGUACAGAAUCAAACACGUGUACAUCAGAGACGAGAUCUACGACCUUAUCCUAAACUCGCUCUGGUUCGCACUGAAGGACGCAUGGUGGCUGUACCUCGACACGAGCGAGUUAAGGAGCCUGCUCCCGUUCAUAGCGCACAUGAAGGUGGAAGGACAGUACCAGGCGACCAUACACGACCUGAACCACGUGCUGCACAACAUACACUUCGUGACGCUGAUCUCGCAGGACAUAACCUUCCAGUCGGAGACGCAGACGAUAGUGGAUUCGCCAUUUAACGAGGACAUGGAGUCACCGAGCGAGAGGUUUGGGGCAGAAAAGGGGAUGUACGAAGACGUGAAGGAGGAGGACCUGAAUAUAAAGUAUAUGAGAAGCGUAAAUGGGCCGGGAGGAGCAGAGGAGGAUGAAGGGAAUAACGGAGCCACGGAAUUCGAGGACCACAUAUCGUUGGUCUCAGAAAAACAGAAUCGCACUUCACAGAACGAAGAAGCGAAGGAAGGGGGAAACCCAGACUUGGCAGGAGCGCACGAGUUUGGAAGACACCUGAAGGACUUGGAGAGGACACUGGAGUCGCUGGAGCUGGUGGGAGAUGUUAGCUGGUCACAAGUGGUGUACAUAUCAUUGGUGGGAUUCGUAUACAUAGUGCUCUUCGAGUCGUACCUAAACGUGGUGUACGAGAGCCUGAAGACGGAGAUGGAGCCAAAGAAGUACGUGGAGUUCCUGGUGAGGAGGCUGCAGGACCUGACACAGGUGCACACGCUGAUGGUGGAUGUGGACGUUAACUACACAGCCUGGGCGCACGACAAGCUUGGCGCCCUCUCGGACGCGGAGCUGAUGAAGUGCUUCAACACGUACUCGGACAGCCUCUUCGUCGAAGAGGGCUACAGAGAGAGUCAGCUGUUCAGCUACAGAGGAGAUAGCAUGAAGAGCGACGUGAAGUGGAAGCUGAGCAGCGGCAGCGGGGGUGUGACGAUGUACCUGCUGGCGCCGGCACUGGAGAGGCUGCAGAGGAUGCAGUACAACGCGGUCCUGAGAAUGGCGUCGGAGUGCGCAGGGCCGGUGCUGAAGCUGAUAGAAGAAAUAUACUUCGUGAGCGAGUCGAAAUUGUACUAUGACAUACUGCACAACACGGACGAGUGCCUGAUAGGACCGAAGGGGCCGCUGGCGCAAAGCUGCAGGGGGCUGACGCUGGCGUUUAAAAGGGCAGUGUUCGUUGAGACGUUCUUCAUAAUAGUGAAGAGGUACGCAGAAAAGGUGCGCGAGAGCGGGACUGACGUCUGCGAGGCAAUAUUCUUCGACUCGAUGUCGAUCUGGGACUCGGUGAUAGACUACUUCGACUUCCCAGUUAACCCGGAAAUGGCGGAGGAGGAGUGCGUGAAGCUGGUGGCAGGAGUCCUGGAGCAGAUAAAGUUCACGCCGCAGUUGGACCUGAGGGACCUGGACGUGUACAAGAGGAGCUUCAGGAGAAAUUUCUUCGCAGCACCAAAAGACGCACAAUCAAUGCUAUCGCAAUACGCCUACAACUGCCUAUACCACGUGGGAUUCAUACGCGUGGGCGGGAGGGACAGUGCAAGUGAAGGAAGCGAGGGACCAGUCUGUGUUGGUAAGACUGACGUGGCCAGUGGCACAUUUGAGUUUGGCCGCCACGACUACCUGGACAAGUACGCAGUGUGGCUGGACGGGUGUCGAAAGAAGAACAUGCUCAUUUUCGGCAACGUCAUCCUGUUCUUCAGAGAGAACUCGCUGCUGCAGCCAGCCGGCUUCAUAACCUUCAGCUCCAUCUACUCGAUACUGGCGCCGAACAGCCUGGCGCAGGUGCACCCGAGCAUUCAGCUGCUGGAAAACAACAGCGAGAACGACAGCUUUAGCUGCGGCACGAGCAAAUCCUCAGAGUCGUCCUCGAAUUCUGCAACCAAAGGGCACUCGAGUCCAAAGAAGAACAGGACUUCGGGUGUCUCGAUGAAUAGGAACGCCGAACCCUUGAAUAGCAGCAACUCGAGUCCAGCCACCUCCGUCACCAGGUACAGCUCCCUCAGCAGCAGGCUGAGCAGCAUGUUCGAGCACAUGUCGGUUUGGGGCUGGCAGAUAAGGCUGGAGCUUUUCGACUCGUGCGUGCUGGACGACAGGGCCCUCUUCAACCUGGACAUCGAGUUCACGAGCCCCGAGCACCGCAGGUACUGGGAGCAGCAGAUCAGAGACAAGGGGAACGCAAAGGCGCAGUUUAUUUCGUGGCCGUACCACUCGUUCUUCUUCGACUCAAUAUGA